AUGGGCUCGAGUGGGAAGCUUUUGCAAAUCAUAGUACUGCCAGGAGCUGUGAUAAUAUUUGAAAUUGUGGCAGCAGCUGCAGCUAUAGCUAUGGCGAAGCCUGGCUGCGCCAGCAAGUGUGGAAAUGUAGAAAUUCCAUUCCCGUUUGGCUUGAGUGGUGGCUGCUAUCUAGAUGAGGAUUUCAAUAUCAGCUGUCCCUCUGGAAAACCAUUGAUAGGUAAUGUCCCUGUAUCAAGCAUAUCCAUUGAGAAUCAUGAGAUGCAUGUCAUGAAAUUGGUAGCCCGAGACUGUUACAAACGGGACGGUCAACGUGUUCGCUGGAACGGCACCACCCUCAAGUUAUCCCACUACACCAUUUCCAACACCAAAAACAAGUUCACUGUUAUUGGCUGUGACACUUACGCCUACCUUAGUGGUGUCAAAAACGGAGCAAACUACUCCAUCGGCUGCUCAUCUCAAUGCUCAAGCCUCAACAUCGUGGACAAUGGGUCUUGCUCCGGGAUUGGGUGCUGCGAGGUGGGGUUUCCGGAUGGGCUUAAAGGUAUUAGUGUGAAUGUAAGGAGCUUUCAAAAUCACACCAAAGUAUGGAACUUCAAUCCCUGCGGCUAUGCUUUUGUUGUGGAGAAAGGCGAGUUCAACUUCUCCGCCGAUUAUCUCAAGAAUCUAAGCAACAAAAGGGUUCCAAUGGUGCUUGAUUGGACAGUUGGCAAUCAGACGUGUGAUAAUGCUCGGAAAAAACCCAAGUUCGCAUGCAAGGAAAAUAGUGAAUGCCUUGAUCUCCAAACCAGCCAGGGGUACCGUUGCAAGUGCAAGCAAGGUUACCAUGGAAACCCAUACCUCGAUGGGGGUUGCCAAGACAUUGACGAAUGUGGGGAUCCGAAUCUCAAUAAUUGCACGAACCAGAACCACUGUUUCAACACAAAAGGCAAUUAUACAUGUGGUUGUCCCAAGUGGUACCGUGGGGACGGGAGAAAAGACGGUGAACGUUGUUACGCGGAUUUCGCACUAGCGGUUAAGAUUCCAAUUGGCAUUGGCAUAAGCUUAAUUGCUUUGCUUGGGGGUAGCUCGUGGUUGUACUUAGUACUCAAGAAAAGAAGAUUUAUUAAGCUUAAAGAAAAGUUCUUUCAACAAAAUGGGGGUUUGAUUUUAGAAAGGCAUCUCAAUGAACAAGUAGGCUCCACCGAAACAGCCAAAAUCUUUACUGUAGAAGAGCUGAAGAAGGCUACCAAAAACUAUGAUGAGAGUAGAAUCAUUGGCCAAGGAGGCUUUGGUACAGUUUACAAAGGAUUUUUACCGGAUAAUAGAAUUGUUGCCAUUAAGAAGUCCAAGACAAUGGAUCAAAACCAAAUUGACCAAUUCAUUAACGAGGUUGUUCUACUCUCUCAAAUUAAUCAUAGGAAUGUUGUCAAACUCUUGGGUUGUUGUUUAGAGACAGAAAUUCCUAUGUUAGUUUAUGAAUUUGUCCCAAAAGGUACGCUCUUGAACUAUAUACAUCAUGAAAGCAGUGGAUCCGCCAAACGAUGGGAAACCUAUCUAAGAAUAGCUGCAGAAACAGCGGACGCACUAUCGUAUCUGCAUUCUGCAGCUUCAACACCUAUAAUCCAUAGAGAUGUCAAGUCAUCAAACAUACUACUUGAUGAUAAUUUCACUGCAAAAGUCUCUGACUUUGGAACUUCAAGAUUGGUUCCUCGACAUCAAAAGGAACUAGCUACUGUGGUGCAGGGAACUCUUGGUUACUUGGAUCCUGAAUACUUGCAGACAAACCGAUUAACGGAGAAAAGUGAUGUCUACAGCUUUGGAGUGGUCCUUGUGGAGCUACUAACUGGAGAUGAUGUACUUUCAUUCGAUAGGUCAGAGGAGGAAACAAGUCUACCUAUGUAUUUUCUUUCUUCCUUGAAAGAGGAUCAAUUGUUUGAAAUUCUUGAGAACCAUAUAGUUGAAGAAGGAAAUAAAGAGCAAAUCAAGGAAGUCGUUGAACUUGCAGAGAGGUGCUUAAAAGUGAAAGGGGAUGAGAGACCUAGUAUGCAAGAAGUGGCAAUGAAGUUAGAACGAAUAAGAAAGAUAGAGACACAUUCUCGGGUUAAUGCUCAAUCAAAUGUGGAAGAGGCCAAACACCUGCGUAGUGUGACAUCUGACUCUUAUGAAUGCGGUGGAAGUAGCAGUACAACCAUUGGAUAUGAUAGCAUGAAUGACCAUGUAACGUUAGCCUUGGGGGAUGGCAGAUGAAUGUGGCAUACAUCCACCCUUCUUGGCCUUUUUUUUUUUUUUUUUUUUUUUUAAUGCAACUUCCGGUGUUAGUGUUUUUUUUUUUUAGAGCCUCAACAAAAUGCUCAAUAG